CAGCACCGCAGCAGAUUUGAAUGUGUGUGGUGGUUUAUGUGUUUUCCGUGUCGCCGUUUUGAAUGCAGAGCAGAAAAUAACCUUUGAGAGUUGUAAGAGGCGCUUCAGGUGUGAUCUGGAUCAAUCUGUAUCCCACAGAGAGGAGACAACAUCGGGAUGGACUGUCGAGCUAACAGCGAUAUGUUCUUUCUGGCUGAUGAGAAAUUUGACUUCGAUGUUUCUCUGUCACCUGCCAGCUCCAAAGGUGAUGAAGAUGAGGACGAGGUGUUCAUGGGUCCGGUCAGCCAUGCGGAGAGGUGCGUCUCUGUCAACGUGACGUCGCGUCUUGAGAAUGUCGGCGGCGUGCGUGCGAGCUGGAGUCCUCUGAGCGGAGAUCAGCUGGAUGCCGUGUGUCAGGAAGCACACAGACUGGCCGACCAGCUGCAGGACAGAAAACCCAAUCAGAGCAUCAACGUGACCGCCGACGUCACCGCCAACAUGACCACCAACGUGACCGCCGACGUAACCGCCGACGCCACAUCUCACAGGGACGAGUUUGUCCAGAACGCUGAGGCCAAACUGGGCAUGUUGGAUCGCAUCCCGAGUGCUCUGAGCCCCAUCAAACGGGAGACCUUCUGCGUGCAGGACAGUCCCAUGAAGCAGCUGCCGCCCGCCGUGCAAUUCCGCCUGCUCAGAGGAAGCAGCUCCAACACUAUGUCAUCCACCCAACCUUCAACCACCAACACUGUGCCAUCCACCAGACCUGCUUCCACCAACACAGCUUCCUCCACCCGACGCUCCUCCGUUACCCUCCCUUCAUCCUCCCGCCCCGCAGCCACCUCCAGACUCAGCACCUCCACCUCCAUGGCGGGGGGGGAAGCCCAGCUCAGGACGGGGCUUCGGGGGAGGGCGGCGCUGGGCAACGUGCUGCCGAGCAAACCUGCCGCCCCGACAACUUCCUGUUCAUCCAGCAAGAGCCAGGUGGAGAAAACCAGACUGCAACCGCCGAGACAAGCGGUGGGGGGUUGGAAGCGCAGUCCGUCGUCUCGCCCCUCCAGCAGGGUGGGGUCAAGCGAGGAUCUGCUCUCUGAUUCGGCGAGCGUGGCGUCCGACAUCAGCGACUCCUCCUUCAACUCCAGCCUUCUGGGGAAACGCAUGCUGGCUCCGCCCACUAAGAGUGCUUUGAGGAACAUGUCAGGUGUGAAAGCUCCACCUCUUCAGAGGAGGAGGGUGACGGAGAGGAACAACACAUCCUCUUCCUCGUCCUCAGUGUCCAGCUUCAACUCCAGCAUCUCUCUGUCCCCAGCCAAAGGUAGACUGAACUCCUCUCUGAGCGGCCCCGCCCCCAGCAGACCGGCCAAUCAGAGCCGCCCUCGUCGCUCCACCAUCAACACGGAGCCAACAUCUUCCUCCACCAUCGCUGGCCGCCGCUCGAUGUCUCUGCAGAACAGGAAGCUGUCCGAGGUGGAGCGCGUCAAAGUGGUCAGAUCCACGCCGCUGAAGAGGUCCGAUUCCACGCCGGUGCAGCUGACCCCCGUUAAGAGAGGGUUGGAGAAGAGCACCCGGCCUCUGAGCGCUCUGAGGAGCAGAUCCAGACCUGAGGCGCUCGUCCUUCUGACACCAGGCGGAGGAUUCAGAGGAGUCCGCAAUGCAGACGCUCCAGAGGUCUCAAAGAUGUUGAAGCCAAAGGCGCUGACGUCAGUGAGCAGCGUGGACAGUCUCCAGAAGUCCUCCGGCCCUCUGACGCCCCCUGCUGUCCGGUCACUGCAGGUGAAACCUCAACGUCCCUCUGCCCUCCCGACCCCCGUGAAGCGCAGGAUGUCCUCCAUCCCCGUCGCUACGCCCACCACCAAGAGCCGGGCCAGCAGACCGCCCUCUGACCCAGACUCUGACCCCGCCCACACACCCUCCUCCACCAGGAGGGACAGGAGCUGCUGCCCCGCCCCCGUGGAGAUGCAGGAGGCGGAGCCUGUUGAAGUGCCUGUCAUCCAGCCUUUCUGCCUGGAGGAGGAGGAGCUUCCUGCUGCCCUGCCCACCAGCUCACCACAUUCCGACCAAUCAGAGAGCACAGAGGCUGGAGCACCGAGUCAGGGCCAAUCAGAGUGUACAGUUCCUGCAGCACAGAGUCACAGCCAAUCACAGAGCACAGUUCCUGCAGCACAGAUUGAGAGCCAAUCAGAGAGCACAGAUCCUGCAGCAGCGAGUGAGAGCCAAUCGGAGAGCACAGUUCCUGCAGCACGGAUUGAGAGCCAAUCAGAGCCCAGCAGGAACCUGAUCGAACCUGAAACUAAAGAGGAGAGCCACCACAAGACACAGGAGUUUCUCCUCCUGGAUCUCCCCGUUCCGACGCUGCUCCCUCAGGAGAAGAUGCUCAUCGACCUGAGCAACACCCCCGACCUGAUCCGCACCAGCAGCAAGUCCUGCUCCAACUCUCAGCUGAUCGACCUGACCUCUCCGCUCAUCAAGUGGAGUCCUGAAGACAAGAGGGAGAACCACGCUCCGCUCAUCAACCUCUCCUUCUGAUCUUCCUCUUCGUCCUCUUCAUCCUCCUCCUCAUCCUCCUCCUCAGGAUCUUCCGUAAACUGGACUCUUAAUUAUUAUAAUUUAGUAAAAAUGACCCCUAAAGUUUUUAUCAGCGUAGCCUUAACUGAGUAUUAUGUUUUUUAAAUGGUGAAAAUAUUCAAAGGUUGCAGAAGGUGUUUCUGCACCGGAUUGUACUUCUAUUGUCUCAGUCUUGCUCUUAUUGAUGUCUGAAUAAAUGUUGAUUAUGUCA